AUGCGUGCGUGUAGUACAUGUCAUAUUAUCCUUGAAAAGAAACAUUUCGAUCGAGUUGAUCGAAUAAAUCCAGCGAGUCAAGAAGAAUUGGACCUUCUCGAUAAUGCACCUGAGUUGUCAGAGUUCUCCCGACUCGGAUGUCAGGCUAGUAUUUUUGCUAUGUUAAGUAGUCGAAUCCUGUCGUCAUUACUUCGUAGUUACAAAUUUUCACCAUAUUUGAAAUCUGUAUCAUUUCUGAAUACUGCCUCUAGCCCUUCCUCCGUGCGGUCUGCUUCUACUAAACAAGUUGAGUUUGUCUGUGGAGAGGAGAAGUUUGUUGGAACAGCGAAGCUUGGAGAUACGAUACUGGAUGUUGUUGUAAAUAACGAUCUGCCUUUGGAUGGUUUUGGUGCUUGUGAAGGCACAUUAGCAUGUUGCACUUGUCAUGUAGUGCUUUCGCCAGAACAUUUCGAACGUGUGGAUAGGAUCAACCCAGCUGGUGAAGAAGAACUGGAUCUCCUUGAUCUCGCCCCCGAACUGUCAGACCAUUCUCGAUUGGGUUGCCAGGUGCAGGUGGAAGCAGAUGAUCCUGAUACGAUAGUGGUCAAAGUACCGGUACAGAAGAGAGACGCUCGGACGCUAGAGUAG